UAUGUGAUUCUUACACUGCAAACGCGUAAUAAACAAAUACCUACGUAUGAUCAGUUGUUACUAAAAGCUUCAGAGGUAAUGACCGAGUAUUCUGGCAUGAUGGAGUUUAACAUACUUCAAUUCUACAUCUACACCAUCAGCUUAAGAAGAAUUAGCGAUAUGAUACAAAAACACCAUGUAGCGAAAUCUUCAGAGUUCUUUACCUCACUUCUAAAACUUAACUAUUCUGAACUGACUUUGUCUUUUAUAAUACAACACAAACUUCUAAACACAACAGCUGAAAAUUUUGUUCCAGUAGUAAUCCGGGAAGUAUUUAGUCUCGUAUUUCGAGGAUGUCAGUUCAGCCUAGAAUUUGCUAGGAAUAUUGUCAAAGACGGUUAUUUAACAGCGUUGUUACACAACGAAAUGACGUCAGAAGAAUGUGAGGAUCUAGAAUAUAGGUGGCUCUUUCUUUUAAAAACUGCUACUAUUCAGUGUAUCUACCAGAGGCCAGAAUUAAAAGGAAAAAUACUGCAAGAAAUGAAAGAUCUAUCUUUUAAAGAUCUUUCUGUGUCCUACCUUUCAAAAAUAACAAGUUGGGCACUUGAAGAUGAAACUAUCGAAAAUGAUAAUGCAGCUGAGUUUUGGGAAAUUAUUUCUGACUCUCCUGAGGCAAGCCAAAUUAUUGCAACAGAUGAGAAAAUAACUGACAAUUUGGACAUAAUUAAUAGUACAGAAGACUCACAAGUUUCUGAAAGUAUAAAUUUAUUAAACUGGAGAUGUGGGAGGACAGCUGGAGUUUUGCCUAAAAAAGCAGGUACCGUCCAUUCUGAAUAUUUCCCGAAACGAUUUAAAAUAGAAUCAGACACGUUAGGUGAAGGAGCAUUUGGCAGUGUACAUCUAGUGAUAGAUACUAAUCAACCACAGAAGAAAUUAUUUGUUGCCAAGAGACUGAGUUUCAACAGUGCUAAUUAUUUGGAAAAGGGUAAACAAGAAGCAUUGAUACUGAUGAAGUUAAAGCACAAACGCAUUGUCCAGUUCCACGGAUAUCAUCAGGAUAAAAAUGAUUUUUUUAUUUUCUUGGAAUAUUUGCACAUGGGAACACUGUCGUCUUUUGUGAGUGCAUCAGAAAAUAAAAGGUUGGAUGAGAAGAAGACGCGACACUUUACAAUUCAAAUUCUUGAAGGUGUUGAUUAUUUACACCAAAGUAAUAUACUACAUAUGGAUAUUAAAGGCAGUAAUGUUUUAAUGAAGGAUGACCUAAACAUUAAGUUAACUGAUUUUGGCAUAUCACAAUUCAUCGAUGAAAUUGGCGUAAGGACAGAGCAAGGAACAGUUCGAUAUAUGGCGCCAGAAGUAGUUUAUACUGAAGGGAACAUUAUUCGUAAUUACUCAAGCAGGGCUGAUAUAUGGAGUGUUGGCUGCACUGUUAUAGAGAUGUUGACAGGAAAACCACCCAACUCUUCAGUCCCUACACCACUGGCUAUUUUAAGAAUCGCCAACAGUGAGCCGUUACAUUACCAACUGCCUACAUCAUCAUCAGUUUACUUACAUGAAUUUUUAAACAAGGUUUUAAACAGGGAAGCUAAACAAAGACCAUCAGCCGAUUGGCUGCUAAAGCACGAUCAAUUUAUUGUUGUUGCAGAAUUAUGUGAAGAAAAGCAGGGUUCAAAACGUAAGAAAAGAAAAAUACAAUAGUCUCAGAGUACGUUAAAUAAAUCCGGGACUUUUGAGUUGUAAAAAUGCAGCUCACAUCACGAUGACUUUAUAUGUCAUU